UAUCUCCCUCUCCAAUCUCACGCCACCGCCGUCUCCUCUCGCCUCCCAUCGUCUCCGGCGACCCAAAACCUCAUCUUCUGUGGCCUUCCCUUUCUCCAAACCCUGAUUUGGAUUGCUCUCGUCGGAUCUUGAAUUCCCGUGAUGGGGGAGGAAGCUGAAGAUAAAGACUUCGGCCGCCUCGCCACCGAGGACGGCGGCGACGGAGACGAGGAACGGGUCCUCGAGUGGGAGAUCGGGCUCCCCAGCGCCGAGGAUCUCACUCCGUUGUCCCAGUCUCUUAUCUCGCCAGAGCUCGCCUCCGCCUUUAGUAUCAAGCCGGAGCCACCAAGAACCCUGCUCGACGUCCACCGCGCCUCCCAGCAUACCGUCUCCAACCUCGGUCGCCACGCCCCGUCGUCGUCUUCCUCCCCCUCUGCCCUCCGAUCCUUCAAACCCUUCCGCUCCUCCGCCGAUGACCCCAUGGUUCUUGAAGGCGACGAUCCUGCCGGCAAGGACGGCGCUGGCGAGUCCUCACGCAAGGUCCCCCGGUCGGAUGCCUCCCCAUCCGGCAGCACCGUCGCCGCCGCCGGCGGAUCCAUGGAGGAGGCCUACUCCUCCGCUCCACAGCCGGAGAACUCCAACGACGAUCACUCUGCCAGAACUCUGAAGCGGCCCCGCCUCGUUUGGACCCCGCAGCUCCACAAGAGGUUCGUUGAUGUCGUCGCCCAUCUUGGCAUCCAGAACGCCGUGCCGAAGACCAUCAUGCAGCUGAUGAACGUGGAGGGGCUGACGAGGGAGAACGUCGCGAGCCAUCUCCAAAAGUAUCGCCUUUAUCUCAAGAGGAUGCAGGGGCUUCCGGACGACGGGCCGUCGCCCUCCGAUAAUCCGUUUGUCUCUAAGCCAAUGCCGCAGAGCUUGCACGAGCAUCCGAUGCCGGUACCCAUGCCCUAUGCGGUGCCGGCGAUGAUCCCAAUGCCCGUAUUUGGCAUGCCUCACCCCCAAGGCCAUGGAGGUCCUGCGGGGAUGGUGCCGGUCAGUAACCACCAGAGUAAUGGAGCGUAUCAUGGAUUCGAGUCACACCAUCCUUAUGGAGCUUUCAGGGAGUAGCGCAAGGAUUGGUCCGGUGGUAACAAGUUUGGCUCCAUUGUUUCGUAUCCUCAUGUUACGCCUAAUGAUAAAUAACAAAGAAAUAAAAAGAAUUGUUGACUAAAUUUCUCCAGAGAGGGAUGACGGCAUGAUGCUCUGCCUUGUUAUGUUCUGUUGUGUGGUGAGCUCAUUCUCCUGAUACUUUAACCAAUUUGGUCUUGCAUUAAUAUGUGUAGUGCUUGGUUUUAGGAACUUAUCUUGAGGUACUUUGUUAAUUCUGAACUCAAUUUAU